CCCACGAAAUUCAUCAGUGCAAAUUGCCAAAGGGAGAAUUCCGGAAGCCGACAAUAGAGACCAUCAGCAUAGAAUGCUCAUCUGGGAAACAUGCUGGACUUCUACUACAUGCUCUACUCGGCGCCCUGCCGCUCCAUUCUGAUGACUGCCAAGGUCCUGGGACUGGAGCUCAACAAGAAGAAGGUCGAUCUGGACGCCGGCGACCAUCUGAAGCCAGAGUUCGUGAAGAUUAAUCCCCAGCACACAAUUCCCACUUUGGUGGAUGGAGAUUUCGCCAUUUGGGAGUCGCGGGCAAUCUUGAUCUAUCUGGCGGAGAAGUACGACAAGGACGAGAAGCUCUACCCCAAGGAUCCGCAGGCGAGGGCCCUCAUAAACCAGCGUCUGUUCUUCGAUCUGGGCACUCUCUACCAGAGCUAUGUCUACUACUACUAUCCCCAGCUGUUCGAGGACGUGAAGAAGCCGGCAGACCCUGAUCAUCUGAAACGGAUCGACUCAGCAUUCAAGAUGUUCGACACUCUCCUGGAGGGUCGCCAGUACGCUGUCCUUGACAAGCUAACCCUGGCCGAUGUGGCUCUCCUGGCCACCGUCUCCACUUUCGAGAUUUCCGAAUAUGAUUUCAGCAAGUAUCCGAACGUGGUCAGGUGGUACGAGAAUGCCAAGAAGGUGGUUCCCGGCUGGGAGGAGAACUGGGAGGGUUGUGUCUACUACAAGGAUCUGUAUUUGACCGACAUCCUUAAGAAAUCCCCUACUCUUUACUUUGUUCUGACUUCUAACGAGAUGGAUUUGUAUUAUAGACCCGGAUCUGCUCCCUGCCGCUCCGUUCUGAUGACGGCCAAAGCUCUGGGCGUGGAAUUCGAUCGGAAGAUCUUCAUCAACACUCGGGCCGGAGAUCAGCUCAAGCCGGAGUACCUCAAGAUCAAUCCCCAGCACACCAUCCCCACGCUCCACGACAACGGCUUCGCCCUGUGGGAAUCGCGGGCCAUCCUGGUCUAUUUGGUGGAGAAGUACGGCAAGGACGACAGCCUCUUCCCCAAGGAUGUCCAGAGGCAGGCCCUGAUCAACCAGCGUCUGUAUUUCGACCUCGGUACCCUGUACAAGAGCUUCGCCGAGUAUUACUACCCGCAGAUCUUCCAGAAGCAGCCGGCGAAUCCGGAGAACUUCAAGAAAAUCGAGGUAGCCUUCGAGUUUCUAAACAUCUUCCUGGAGGGCCAGGAGUUCGUGGCCGGCGAUACCUAUACCGUGGCCGAUAUAUCCUUUUUGGCCAGCGUCUCCACCUUCGAUGUGGCGGGAUUCGAUCUGAAGAAGUACUCCAACGUGGCUCGCUGGUACGAGGCGGCCAAGAAGCUCACGCCCGGCUGGGAGGAGAACUGGGCGGGAUGUCUCGAGUUCCGCAAAUACUUUGAUAACUAAACUCUCGGAUUUAUUGCACUGAUUACUUAUCAAUAAAAAAUAACUUAACUAGA